AUUCCUCCAUCUCAAAACGGGACGGGGAAGUCUCUUCGUUUGUGAUCGUCGACUUCUUUGGUAAAAAUCAAGCCGCAAGAGGUGCAAUCGUACAUCAAGAAAUAUGCAGUUGAAACAUAUGAAGACUCUGCUGGCUCCACAGGAUGGUGCGGCAAAAAUCACAGCUCUUGCCUGGGCGCCCAACAACACCAAGAUGGCGGUGUGCACAGUGGACCGCGUUGUGCUCCUGUAUGACGAACACGGCGAGAGGCGGGAUAAAUUUUCCACCAAACCCGUCGAUGCCAAGUUUGGCAAGAAGAGUUACACCGUGAAGGCGCUGGCAUUCUCACCCGACUCCACCAAGAUCGCUGUGGGUCAGACAGACAAUAUCAUCUAUGUCUACAAGAUCGGCGACGAUUGGGAUUCCAAGAAGGUGAUUUGCAACAAGUUUAUCCAACAGAGUGCUGUGACUUGCAUGAUAUGGCCCCCUGACAGUAACAUUGUCUUUGGUCUGGCAGACGGCAAGGUGCGCAUCGCCAACACCAAGAAUAACAAAUCCUCCACUGUCUAUGGCACAGAUUCCUACGUUGUCUCGUUGGCACCCAACAUGUCUGGUAAGGGCAUCCUCUCAGGCCACGCGGACGGCUCCGUUGUCCGUUUCUUCUUCGAAGACGAAGGCACAGGCGAGUCGCAGGGCAAGAUCUGCACCCACCCCUGCCCGCCCUACGCCCUGUGCUGGGCGGGCAGCAGCAUCGUGGCGGCCGGCUGUGACAAGCGCAUCACAGUCUACGGGAAGGAGGGCCGGGUCGGCCAGCAGUUCGACUACAGCCGCGACGCGGACGAGCACGAGUUCACGGUGGCCGUGAACAGCCCCAGCGGUCAGUCCGUAGUGGUUGGCAGCUACGACAGGCUACGAGUGUUCAACUGGGCACCCCGCCGGGGCAUGUGGGAAGAGGCCAAGAUGAAGGAAAUUAAGAACCUCUACACCAUCACCGCACUGGCCUGGAAGAAGGACGGCUCUCGCCUCGUGGCCGGCACCUUGUGCGGGGGCGUGGAGUUGUUUGACUGUUGUCUCCGUCGAGCCAUCUACAAGAACAAGUUUGAGAUGACUUACGUGGGCCUGUCCCAGGUCAUUGUCAAAAACCUGUCGUCAGGAACCCGCGUUGUGUUGAAGUCCCACUAUGGGUAUGAGGUGGAUGAAGUUCGGAUCCUUGGCAAAGAUCGCUAUCUCGUGGCUCACACCACGGACACAUUACUGCUGGGUGACCUGUCCACCAACAAACUCAGUGAAGUUCCAUGGCAGAACACCGGGGGAAAUGAAAAGUUCUUCUUUGAGAAUGAAUCGGUGUGCAUGAUAUUCAACGCUGGUGAGUUGAGUCUCGUUGAGUAUGGGUGCAACGAGAUCCUUGGAUGUGUUCGCACCGAGUUCAUGAAUCCUCAUCUUAUCAGCGUCCGACUGAACGAACGUAAACAGCUCGGCGUUGAAGACAACAAGAAGAUGGCAUACCUCGUGGACUUGAAGACCAUCUCCAUCGUGGACCUGAUCAUGGGCUUCAACAUCGCCACCCUGACGCAUGACUCCAAGAUCGACUGGCUGGAGCUGAACGAGACUGGAAGGAAACUGCUCUUCCGCGACAAGCGACUCCGACUGCACCUGUUUGACAUAGACACCCAGACGAAGACCACUAUUCUCAACUACUCCAGCUACGUCCAGUGGGUUCCGCAGAGCGACGUCGUCGUUGCGCAAAAUCGUGGCAACCUUUGCGUGUGGUACAACAUCGACCAUCCUGAACGUUGCACCAUGUUCAGCAUCAAGGGAGACAUCGUUGAUUUAGAGAGAGCUAACGGCAAAACGGACGUCAUUGUGACUGAAGGAGUAGCAACCAUAUCCUACACUCUGGAUGAAGGACUGAUUGAGUUCGGCACAGCGAUUGACGAUGGCGACUUCACAAGGGCCGUGGCGUUUCUGGAGACCUUGGAGAUGACCAGUGAAACGGAGGCCAUGUGGAAGACAUUGAGCCGUCUGUCCCUGGAGGCCAAGCAGCUUCACAUUGCCGAGCGUUGCUUCGCUGCCUUGGGGGAUGUGGCCAAGGCCAGGUACCUACGCAACGUCAACAAGAUGGCGGCAGAACUGGCCCAGGAAAUCGGUGGAGACGGGACUCGGCAUUACUCUGUCCGAGCCAAGCUGGCCAUCUUGAACAAAGACUUCAAGGAGGCAGAGUCCGUAUUCCUGGAGCAGAAUAACAUUGACGAAGCCAUGGAGAUGUACCAAGAACUCCACAAAUGGGACGAGGCAAUUGCUGUGGCUGAAGCUAAGGGUCAUCCUGAGUUGGAGAGUCUGCGCCGCAACUACUACCAGUGGCUGAUGGACACCGGCCAAGAGGAGAAGGCAGGCGAGAUGAAGGAGAACGAGGGGGACCACCACGCUGCCAUCAACCUGUACAUGAAGGCCGGCAUGCCCGCCAGGGCUGCCAGAUUGGCCACGAGCCGCGGGGACCUGAUGGAAAACAGAGACCUGAUACAGAGGAUCGCCGCAGCGCUCAUCAAGGGAGAAUUCUACGAACGGGCCGGUGAUUUGUUUGAGAAGACCAGAGACGACCAGAGAGCCCUGGAGUGUUAUCGCAGAGGCAAAUCCUUCAGGCGAGCCGUGGAGCUUGCGCGGGCGUCCUAUCCGACCGAAGUGGUCCGUUUGGAGGAAGAAUGGGGCGACUACCUGGUGUCUCAGAAACAGAUGGACGCCGCCAUCAACCACUACAUUGAAGCUGGUUGUUCCCAGAAGGCCAUAGAGGCAGCCAUUCAUUCCCAUCAGUGGAAUAAAGCCAUCCAGAUCAUCGAGAUCCAGGACCCUACGGUCGGUGAGAAGUACUACCCGAAGAUCGCCAAGCACUACGCCAACAUCAGAAACUUCGAGAUGGCGGAGCGAUAUUUUGUCCAGGCUGGAAUGACCAAAGAGGCCAUCGACAUGUACACUGCUGCCGGCAAGUGGGAAGCGGCGCAUAAGCUUGCCGUAACCUGCAUGAAGAGCGAAGAGGUUGCGGUGUUGUACGUUACCCAGGCCCAACAGUUGGAGAGCCAGGGCAAAUUCCGAGAGGCGGAAAGAUUGUACUUGACGGUGGAUGAGCCCGACUUAACCAUCACUAUGUACAAAAAGCAACGACAGUACGAUCACAUGAUCCGCCUGGUCAAGCAGUAUCACCCAGAUCUACUCCAGGACACCCAUCUCCAUCUGGCUAAGGAGCUGGAGGGAGAGCAGGCUUUCCGCCAAGCGGAGCACCACUACAUCGAAGCCCGGGACUGGAAAGCCGCCAUCAAUAUGUACAGGGCUCAAGAUUUGUGGGAUGAGGCAUACAGGGUUGCCAAGAACCAUGGUGUCGCUAACACAGCCAAGCAGGUGGCCUAUCUGUGGGCGAAGAGCCUCGGUGGCGAUUCGGCCGUCAAGCUUCUCACAAAGUUUGGCCUUCUGGAAUCCGCCAUCGACUACGCCACAGAGAACUGCGCAUUUGAUUUUGCCUUUGACCUUGCGCGGACCGCCAUGAAGAACAAGAUGCCGGAUAUCUCCCUGAAGCACGCCAUGUUCCUGGAGGACGAAGGGAAGUACCAAGAGGCCGAGGCUGCGUUCAUCAAGGCGGGGAAGCCCAAGGAAGCCGUACUGAUGUAUGUUCACAAUCAGGAUUGGGACUCUGCCCAGCGUGUGGCAGAGGAGUACGACCCAGACAGUGUGACCGACGUCCUGAUUGGCCAGGCUCGUUACGCAUUUGACCAGAAGGAAUACCAGCGAUGCGAGGCGUUCUUACUGCGCGCCCAGCGGCCAGAAUUAGCUAUCAAAUACUACAAGCAAUCCAACAUGUGGCAAGAUGCUCUGAGAGUGUGCAAGGAGUACGUGCCUCACAAGCUGAAGCAGCUGCAGGACGAGUAUGAUCGAGAGGUGCUCAAUAAAGGAUCACGAGGUGCGGACACGCUGGUGGGCCAGGCCAAAGAGUGGGAAGCAUCCGGAGAGUAUAACAGAGCUGUGGACUGCUAUCUGAAGGUCACUACCCAACAGACUAAUGACGAGAAGGUCCUAGUGGCCUGCUGGACAAAGGCUGCCGAGCUGUCACAGAAGUUCCUGGACACACCCAAAGCCCUCAGCGUGGUGCGCAUCGUCGGACCGAGACUGGCAGACGUCCAGAAAUAUAAGGAGGCGGCCGAGAUAUAUCUCAGCGUGGAUAUGAUCAAGGAGGCCAUCGACACCCUGAUGGAAGGCGGGGAGUGGAACAAAGCCAAGAAGGUGGCCAAGGAGUUGGAGCCUCGCUACGAAAACUACGUGGACACCAAGUACAAGGAGCACCUGAAGAGCGAGGGCCAGGCCGAGUCGUUAAUCGGCGUGGAUGUCAUUGCUGCCCUGGACAUGUACGCCGGCCGCGGCGAGUGGGACAAAUGCAUCGAGACCGCCGAGAAGCAGGGCUUCAAGGUGCUGCACAAGUACGUGGCCCUCUACGCCACCCACCUCAUCAAGGAGAACCAGAUCCACAAGGCGUUGGACCUGUACGUGCAGCACGGCGCCCCUGCCAACCCACAGAAUUACAACAUUUAUAAGCGCCUUGUGAUGGAGCUGCUUUCCAAUCCCCACAUGAAUCAGGCCGAGGCGUACCGCAACUGGGCUGACCUGAGAGACGUACUUCUCAACCUGUGUGACCACGUGGCCAAGUCAUCGGAUGCCAACACAGCCCAGCACGAGGAGUUUGAAGCCAUGUUGACUAUCGCCCACUAUUAUGCCACCCGGAGUGUGUGUAUGGGAACCCAGAACCUGGAAAGUCUGGCGGCCAGGCUGUCCAUAUCCCUGCUACGUCACACUGACAUCAUACCGGCUGACAAGGCCUUCUACGAGGCUGGAAUGCACGCCCGGUCACAGGGCAUGCUCAACAUAGCGUUUGUCUUCCUCAACCGAUUCCUAGAUCUCACAGAGGCUAUUGAAGAGGGCAGCCUGGACAUGUUGGAUAACACCGACUUCCAGGAUACAGACAUCCCCUUUGAGGUUCCCCUUCCAGAGCGCCAGCAUGUGCCGGAAGAUAAAAAGGAGGAGGUGAAGGAAUGGGUCCUGGCCGUGUCCAUGGACCAGCAAGUGGAGCAAUGUCUGGAUCACGACGAAAGAGACACCUACGUGGCCUCCUUGAUAGCGGCUAACACCAACAUACAAUCACUACCAUGCGUUAUCACUGGUUAUCCCGUGCUGCGGAACAAACUGGAGUUUAAGAGACCGGGCAAAGCCGCCAACAAAGAUGAUUGGAACAAGUUCCUCAUGGCCACAAAGAUGUCGCACAGCCCCGACUGCCAAGACGUCUUGAAGUUCAUCGGUCAGUGGUGCGGAGCAGCACCCAAUCAGAGCUACACAUUCCAGUGAAUUCAUUGAACUGCCGUGUGUCCAAAUUUGUCACGACAGUUCAAGUUUACGAAAAUGACGGAAAAUCAGACCAGUGCUUUUCUUGUGAAAUACAUGUAGCAAUACAUGUACUUGUGUUGAGACGGCAGGUUUGAAUAGAUAGAUUUCAUUUCUUUUCAAUUGUAUUUAGAAUACACUGCUCCGGUAAUCACUUUUGUUAUUUUCAUUUUGAAAUGCUUUCGUCCGACUGUAAGGCGUCUAUUCACGGGUGAGAAAGAAAAAGUCAAGAAUACCAGAAAAAGUGUAAGCAUAAUUGUAAGACAUGAUUGUCUAAACUCUGUGUAUAUGAGGGAUACGUAUGCCGACAUUAUAUUCAUAUACAAAUAAAAGUAGGGAUUUAGCGUGGUCCUCAGUCAUGCACAAGUUACUUUUGUGUAUCGCACUCGAGGGCAGCUGGCAGAACCAUUUUUUUUGGGGGGGGAGCGAUUUUUUGCCGAGUGCCAAGAAUUUGGAAAUUUCUACACGUUUGAAUCUAUUGUGGCUUUUCUGAGGCCCAGGGCAAGGCUAAACUUUGGCCGUUUUACCCGGCUUGCGUUGGAACGGCAUUAGAAAGCCCUUUUUGGGGGUAGCAUGGCCCCCCUCGCCCUAUCCUAUCCACCAGUGAUCAUAAUACUUGAUGAAUCGGCCAGUCAAUAAAGGUUACUCCCCGAGAUGGUAGUUUUCAUUUAAAUUUUUGAUACACGACCGUGUAACCCCUGCCUUGUACCACUCCAUUAAAAGUGGCCAGUGAUCUUAAGAAAUCGAGCAACUUUUGGAAUUGUAAUCGGGAACAUCGGUUAUCUUGUAGUUGCCAGAUUUGGAGCGUUCUGUUUCAGAUUGUUGAUAACAUGAUUUGCGUUAAUUUUUUGUGAAUAUUCCUACAUACUGGAAGUCUGGUAUCGGGCAAAAUGUCUGGCCGGCUUACACCACCAUUCAUCGGAGGAACCCCUGUGAUUGUGUAAAUUUGCCUGUGGGAACCAGGAACCCGCCAGAGGGCGCGGCACUCAUUGAUUUGUGUAUUUAGAAACAAUUUUUAUUACUAACUGUUCUGAGUGAGGUUUGGUUUAUGACAGAUUUUCGAAGCAAGUAAUAUUCCUGAUACUGUUUACUCUGACAGUGAGUUAUUAAAAUUGCUAUUAAAAAUACAUUCUAGCUGUCAAGGAUGGUUCAAAUCUGUGUAAUUGUGCUUCAGUACAGUUUAAUAAUUUAAUGAAGUUCUUCUAAACAGCCUCUAAUGUAGAUGGUGGUGUUUUAAUUUAAGUGUUGCUGAAUAUUUAUGAGUACAGACAAGGGCAGGUCGAGGACCGAAUUCCCGAAGGGGGGAGUGGAUUGUUUGGGGGGCUCAAAGUUAUUAAACCAAUGUUGUGAUGUUACCCUA